CGUUGAACCGACAAGACGUCGACCUGUUGAUCCUCCAAAAUGGUCAAUCCCUUCGACCUUGGACGCUUCGGAGUGCUCUCAGUUGAGUCUAUCCUUGAUGAGCUCCUUGUGCCCAAGUUUCUCGCUGCUCUCGCGGCGCUGAUCCUCGUCCCUCGAGUCCUCGCCUGGCUCCUUUCCCCAAGCGAAAAGGCCGUUCCAUUCACGCUGAACGAACCAUUGGAGUCUAUGCCGAAAUGGAAGGGGACAGUGCUCGACAAACCGUCCAUUAAGGGAUCAUCUUCAUCUGAGAUCAAAUGCUACUGUCCCGCUACCGCUCAAUACCUCGGUACCAUCAAAGCCCAAUCAGCAUCCGACAUCGACGGAGCAAUCGACCGCGCUGAGAAAGCACAAGUCGCGUGGGCCAAGACGAGCUUCGCGGAACGCCGGAAGGUGUUAAAUACCCUCCAACGCUUCCUCCUCGAAAACCAAGACGAAAUCGCCCGUGUCGCAUGCCGCGACACCGGAAAGACAAUGGUCGACGCAGCCCUCGGCGAGAUCCUCGUGACUACUGAGAAGAUCCGAUGGACCCUCAAACAUGGAGAGGAUGCGUUGAAACCCGAGAAGAAACCCACGAACCUGCUCAUGAUCUACAAGAAAGCCGAGGUACGUUACGAACCCCUCGGCGUGGUCGCCGCUCUCGUUUCCUGGAACUACCCUCUCCACAACUCCCUCUCCCCCAUCAUCGCCGCCCUCUUUUCCGGAAAUGCAAUCGUCGUGAAGGGAAGUGAGCUAACCGCCUGGUCAACCCAAUACUUCCUCCAAAUCGCCCGCAAAGCACUCAUCGUCUGCGGCCACUCCCCCGAACUCGUGCAAUCCAUCACAUGCCUCCCCGACGUCGCGGGACACCUCACCUCUCACCCCAAAAUCCGACACAUCACAUUCAUCGGCUCCAGGCCCGUCGCGCACAAAGUCGCCGAAUCAGCAGCUCAAGCUCUUACCCCGUUGGUGAUUGAACUUGGAGGAAAAGAUGCGGCGGUCGUGUUGGAUGAUGUCAAGGAUUUGGGGGCGUUGGCGAGUGUGCUCAUGCGUGGUACGUUUCAGUCGAGUGGGCAGAACUGUAUUGGGAUCGAGCGGAUUAUCGCACUUCCCAAGUCUUACAAGAAGUUGUGCAAGAUUUUGGAGCCUAGGGUUAAGGCCAUGAGGCUCGGUUCCGCGAUCGAUCAGGGUGAGGGUGUAGAUAUGGGCGCGAUGGUAUCGGAUAACAGGUUUGAGUAUUUGGAGGAGUUGAUUGGGGAGGCCGUGGCACAAGGCGCCAAGCUCCUGGCGGGAGGAAAGAGGUACACACAUCCGAGGUAUUCUAAGGGUCAUUACUUCCAACCAACCCUCCUUGUGGACGUCACCCCCACCAUGCGCAUCGCCCAAGAAGAACUUUUCGCCCCCGUCUGUGUGCUAAUGCCAGCGACUUCGGUUGAUGAUGCCAUCCGUAUCGCAAACUCAACCGACUUCGGCCUAGGCGGCGCGGUCUUCGGCUCAAACCAGCGCGACUUGGACAGGGUAUCAAGGGAAAUGCGAACAGGCAUGGUCGCCAUAAACGACUUUGCAGUAUUCUACAUGAUCCAACUCCCCUUCGGCGGGCAACGCGGCUCCGGCUACGGUCGUUUCGCAGGCGCCGAAGGCCUUCGCGGACUUUGUAAUGGGAAGAGUGUGUGUUGGGAUUUGUGGCCGGGGGUGGCGGAGACGAGGAUCCCGGGGGUUGUGGAUUAUCCGAUUAGGGAUGGUGGACGGGCGUGGGGGUUUGUUAGGGGGUUGAUUGGGAUGGCGUAUGGGGAGACGUGGGGGAGGAAGGGGAGGGGGUUGGUAGAGCUUAUCAAGAACUCUGUUUAGGAGGGUUGCAGAGGACAUAUAGAGAGUAGCAUUUUGCAUCAGGACUCAUCGCAGAUACACUUAGCAUUUGAAAACACCACUGAUGGCC